AUUUUACUUCUUUUUUUUUUUGGUCAAGAAAAAUAUUUUAUUUUAAUCAUAAAUUGUUGGAAAAUUGGUUAAUUUUUUAUAUAAUAUUUUUCUAUGAAAAUGUUUACCAAACAAACACCCACGAAACGAAAGUGUUUGUUGUGAAUGACGGCGAGUGAAGUGUGCGCUCGAAACGAACAAAGGUGAUGCCGCCUAGUUAGUUAACCUUCCCUGACUCUGAAGUGGUUUCUUUCCUUUCGUUUCAUGUUUCAACAAUGCUCACAACCAACAAGCGCCGAGUACUUCAUCAUUUCAAAACCCUCGUCAACAACUCACGGUGUUUCUGCUCAUCUUCAACCAAAGGACCAGUGCAAUAUCAUUCCUCUUCAGAAUCAGAAGAUUCUGAUUCGUUGCUUUAUCGAGACAGAAUCAACGUUAAAAAAUGCAAGACUUUCGAUGCAAGGAAGCUUGGUAUUACUGGUUCUAUGAUUUCACAACCGUCUCAGUAUGUCCUGAAGAAGCUUCAGGACAAUGGGUUUAAGUCCUACUUAGUAGGUGGGUGUGUGAGAGAUCUAAUAUUGAAUAGAACUCCAAAAGAUUUUGACGUGGUCACCACAGCAAAGCUUAUGCAGGCGAGGAAGCAGUUUCGUCGUUCAGGUCGUCGUGCUGACGUUGUUGGGCGACGUUUUCCUGUAUGCCUGGUUCAUAUAAAAGGUUCGAUAGUAGAGGUAACCAGUUUUGAGACAGAAUCACAAACUACCAAAGGGAUGAGAAAAGUUUUACACUCUCUGCUGCCCAAAUGCAGUAAUAAAGAAGACCAAUUUCUCUACAAAAGUACCUUGCGUAGGGACUUCACGAUUAAUAGUUUAUUUUACGAUCCAUUUGCCAAUAAAAUAUAUGAUUAUGCCAAUGGAAUUGCUGAUUUGAGGUCUUUAAAGCUAGAAACUGUGACCCCUGCUCAGCUGUCCUUCAAAGAUGAUCCUGGGAGAAUUUUGCGUGGCUUCAGAAUUGCAGCUCGUCUAGGUUUAUCAUUAUCCAGGGAGACUGAGGAUGCAAUCUGGACAUGUUCUUCCCUAGUUAAGGAUUUGAACAAGGAUAGAGUAAUGAUUGAAUUGAACUAUAUGUUGUCUUAUGGAGCUGCUGAGCCGUCUCUCCGCUUACUCUGGAAAUUCAAAUUGCUACAAUUUUUGCUUCCGGUGCAUGCAGCAUAUCUUGACGAACAGGCUACUAAAGAAGAUGGUCAGGCUUCCAAUAUGUUGAUGAAAUUAUUCUUCCAUCUGGAUAAUUUGGUUGGAUGCGAUCGACCUUCUGAUUGCACUCUAUGGAUUGGAUUGCUAGCAUUUCACCUGGCAUUAGUAAACAACCCUCAAGAUGCUCUUGUGGUCUGGGUAUUUGCUUCUGUUCUAUAUCAUGGAGAGUGGGAAAAAGGCAUUAAGUUUGCAAAUGAACAUGCAAAAAUGUGUGUUAAUUUUGCACCUGAAAUAAAGACGUCCAGUAUAGGCAAAUCAGACGAAGAAAUAUCAGAAGCAGUCACUAAAUUGGCAUCUUUGGCUAUUGACUCCAUCCAUGCGCUGGCUAAUAAUGACUGUCUUUCUCAAUCUCAGUCUAGAUACCCAUCUGUUCCGCGCUCUCACAUGGUAUUUGUAUCAAAGAAAACAGAGAAAGCCGUAUCUGAAAUUUUUGAAGUGUUGGUUGAUGAUAUUAAAUUUUACAAGAGUGAUAGAAAAAGUGAAAAGAUAAAUUAUAACAUGCUUGGGAGUGGCCAUAGUUCAGAGAAUAGAUUUGUUUUGGGCAAAAUUGUUCUUGAAACUAUGCGGAGUGGAAUCGUUGGAGACAGGGAUGGUUCUGAGGCUGAAAAAUGUCAUCUUAAGACUGAGGGCACCAAGGAUUUUGACCAAUUGGCGGCAAGGAAAGAUAAAAUAAAGGUUUUACCAACACCAAAUUUAGAGCAUAGGCAAGAAAAACUCAAAAAACAGAAAUUGGCUGAGAAUACAUGCAUUGCAGAGCAGAAAACGGGCUUGGACGAAUUUCCUAGUUACAAGGAAACCAAUGAAGAGCACCAAAAGCCAGAUAAGUUGCGCCAGGAGGUUGAUCUAUCUAUGAAGAACUCUAUGCCAAAUAAUAAAAGCAGUCAUUCAAAACAGUUGAUGAACGAUAAGAAGAAAAUUGCCAGUGCUAAUAAAAGUUCUACAGAACAUGCUAGGCACCUGAAGACGAAUAAGCAUUGUGUGUCAUCACAAUCUACAGCGUCUAAGAAAUAUCAGGUGAUCGCCAAUAGCCACAACAAAAAAGUGGGUGUAGCAACAGAUAAGUCAGUUGACAGAGCUGUCGAUGAUAACGGAAGGCAACAACCACAAAAAAGUAAGAAAAGUUUGUCUCCACUCUCCAGUUUAUUCAAUUCAGAUGAGUCAGUUGACAAAGUCGUCAAUGAUAACGGAAGACAACAACCACCAAAAAGUAAGAAAAGUUUGUCUCCACUCUCCAGUUUAUUCAAUUUAUCCAAGAAACGCAGAAGAUAAUAUAUUCCUCCGGCAUAGUUUAGAAAGAUGGAACAUAUAUAUUGUCUUCCUUUGUUGUAAGAUGAAGCAGAAAAUGUUCUUGCUGUGGUUUUGAAUAGAAAUGUAUUUGUGUGGUCUAAAACCAAGCAUUAUUUUCUCCUAUGGUUUGUUCCUAUGCUUGUUAUUUUGUUGAGACAGACACUCCUGGAGAAUAUUGAGUUUUUGACAUCAUUGGAAGAAAGAAAGAAAGAAUACUACAAAAUGGUGACUUUCUAAGUCAAAUUUAAUGCUUAGUAUUCAAGCGUUUUUU